AUGGGUGAAAAGAAAGAGAAAGAAUCGAGCGCUACCAUGGAGUCCAAGAACUGCAAUGCGGCAAGGAAAUCCCGAGAUUCAUCUGAGGUUAAUCAUCCAGAUCGUAAUUCCUGUUAUUCCGCAGAGAUGAAAGCAGUAGUAGAGUUCGAUCCUAUUAUUCCUGAUGAACGUAUUUCUGAUGAUUAUUCUGGACAUCAAGCUGAGCAAGGAGAUGGGAACAUCCUCUCAGAGAAACAAGAUUCAUCGACUGCCGAAGCUUCUUCUGAAUCAACUGAUUCCACGCGGGCCGAAAGAAGAGAAGUCGCUCUCAAGAAUGAUGGCCAACCCACCGCCGGUGUUCCAGCUUGGCUGCCUGACGAUAUCUUACACCAUUUGAUCGCAACACUCCCGGCUGACCAGAUUGGUAGACUGUCUUGCGUUCAAAAAGCAUGGAGAAAUCUUCCGAGGGUUCCCCAUAUCAUUACCACGCAACUGUCAUUUGCCCGGUUUGGGAUUUCCCAAAAAAGGCUAAUCUUUAAGGAGGGGUUCAAUAAGGACAAGAGUUUCAAGCAAAUGCCACUGAGAAGUAUCCUAGAUUUCACCAAUAGUCCUCGCCGGGACUCUGAAAGGACGGGAGCACAUGAUUUUGCCCCUGUGUUGCAGUGUGGAAGAGAAGAUCAGAACUUUAAGAGCGUGGUAGCAAUCGGGUAUAAAACAGAGGUUAAUGUGGUUUUGUGGCUGUUUUCAGUGAAUGACCGGGAUGAAAUCAUUAGAGGAAUUAAACGUUUCAAUCUGAAUAAGGGUCGUUGGGAGUGUAUUGGAGACAACUUCAUUGGGUUCAUCGGCCAGCAAAAUUCAUGUCUGAUGUAUGAAGAGGAUGUAUAUUUUAUUGCACUCAUGGAGGAGGACUGGGUUAUCAUCAACACGGAUAUAGCAGCAAAUGAAGUGGGUCGUAUUCAUCUUCCGUCAGUGGUAGAGGCAAAUAUGAAGAUAGACACUAUCGCCAUUGACCUAAUUGAUGGAGUGCUGCACCUUUCACAUUAUGAUUUGGAUGAGAUCCGUAUUUUCGUUCGUAUCAGUGGCAGCUGGUUGCAGCAUUGCAGGGUUCCAUGGAUCAGGCCUAUGUUCUUCGAGUUGCGCAGACGUUGGCGCCCGUUAUGCUGGCUAGAUGAACAACGAUUGCUGCUCAGUAACGAUAUAGAUGUGAGAGUCUACUGCAUGAGUCGGCAUCGCUUUGAGUUUUGGAAUCUCAAUGAAGCGAUAAUCUCAGCGACAACUUUGUUGUCACUGUGUGACUCUUUUGGAGUAGGGAUUGUCUGCUGGGCUGCUGAGUUACAAGUUGCCCUUUCGGGACAUAUUAUUACUCUGUCUUUGUUCGUGGGUUCAACUGGAGCUGAUGGCAGCAGUACUAACAAGGUGAGUCCACUGUAUCGAAUACUCUUGAAUGACCCUGACCUGAUUGGCGAUGCCAUUGAAGCUCUUGCAUCUAAUCCAGCAGAACUAGCAAUGACUCGAAUGCAAGGCCAUAGCAACCAUUUAGCGUUUCAUGCACUCCAUCAUACUGCCUCUAGUGAAGGAAUUUUGGCACUCUGGAAAGGUGCUUGUUCUGGUGUGUUAAGGACAAUGACCUUGAACUUCUGGUAG